AGCUGUCCUGCAGUUGAUCGAAACAUCCAGGCAAAGCAGGGAGACAAAUACCAGCGAGGAUUUUCUGAAUUAAGACUUAACCAAGGAGAUAACCCAUUUCAACACCAUUAUUACCCUUUUAUUUCAGAACAAAAAGGAAAGCAAAGAAUUAUAAAAAUGGCUACAACAGCAGCAAAUACUCAAAGACAAACGAUAGGCUGUGAGGAGUACAGCCUGUACAGUAGCCUGAGUGAAGAUGAGCUUAUAAAGAUGGCCAUCCAGCAGAGCUUGGAAGAGGACCCGGCGGGUCAGCCAGCGGCCCAGAGCCCCCAGAAGUCGCUGGUGGCCCGUGCUGGUGAGGUGGGCGCCCCGAGCUGUGCCAGCCCCCACAACCCUCCCUACCGCAUCUACCCCUGGCAAAGAUUGGCGGCCCAGCAGACAGGCCGUGCUCAGCCAUCCAGCUCGGGGGCAGCCUGGGGGGUCAGGCGAAGGUACGACAGCAGCCUGUUCAGCACAUCCCAGUCCGUAGAAAUUGACCCUGUAGUGGCAGCAAUCAGGGAUGGAGAUGAAAAAGCAGUGUGCAACAUGAUGAAAUCAGGAAAAAACCUUUCUGUACCUAAUAAGGAUGGCUGGAUACCCCUCCACGAAGCUGCAUACUAUGGCCAAGUGGGCUGCCUCAGCCUGUUGCAAAAAGCGUACCCAGGCACCAUCGACCAGCGCACCCUCAAUGAGGAGACAGCUCUCUACCUGGCCACCAGCCGGGGCAACCUGGACUGCCUGCUCACCCUGCUGCAGGCUGGGGCUGAGCCCGACAUCUCCAACAAGGCCAGAGAAACGCCGCUCUACAAAGCUUGUGAGCGCAAGAAUGCAGAGGCUGCAAGGCUCCUGGUGCAGUACAAUGCAGAUACCAACCAUCGCUGCAACCGAGGCUGGACUGCUCUCCAUGAGGCUGUCUCCCGAAAUGACCUGGAGAUCAUUGAUAUCCUUGUGAAAGGAGGUGCCAAGAUUGAGUCUGCAAAUGCCUAUGGGAUCACUUCUUUAUUUGUGGCAGCUGAGAGUGGGCAGCUGGAAGCUUUGAGAUACCUUGCAGGAUGCGGUGCUGAUAUAAAUACACAAGCCAGUGAUAACGCCUCUGCUCUUUAUGAAGCCUGCAAAAAUGGACAUAUUCCUAUUGUGGAGUUCCUUUUGUCCCAAGGAGCAGAUGCUAACAAAGCCAAUAAGGAUGGCCUGUUACCUCUUCACAUAGCAGCCAAGAAAGGGAUUUGCGAGAUUGUCUCCAUGCUGAUCCCUGUCACCAGCCGCACCCGUGUCAAGCGUAGUGGCAUCAGCCCCCUGCACUUAGCGGCCGAACGCAACAAUGACGAUAUCUUGGAAGAGCUGAUAGACGCUGGCUACGAGGUCAACACUGCCCUCUCUGAUGAACGGUCCUGCCUUUAUGAGGACAGACGCACCACCCCACUCUAUUUUGCUGUUUUUAACAAUAAUAUCUAUGCCACAGAGCUGCUGCUGCAAGCUGGAGCCAACCCCAAUGUUGACCUCAUUAACCCAUUACUCAUCUCCAUCCGCCACGGCUGCCUGAAGACCAUGAAACUGCUUCUUGACCAUGGGGCAAACAUUGAUGCCUAUAUAUCAAGUCAUCCCACCACAUUUCCAGCUACCAUCAUGUUUUCAAUGAAGUACCUUUCUGUGCUGAAGUAUCUCCUGGAUCUGGGCUGUGAUGCAGGUUCCUGUUUUGAGUGUCAGUACGGAAAUGGCCCACACCCUGCAUUGAAUUACAGGCGGGAAAGACUUAAUGAUCCUCAGGUGACCAGAGAGCCAACUGUAGUACAGUUUUGUGAAAUGGUGUCUACUCCAGAGAUAAGUCGCUGGGCUGGGCCGAUCAUCGACGUUCUUCUGGACUAUGUGGGUAACGUGCAGCUCUGUUCCCGGCUCAAGGAGCAUAUUGACAGCUAUGAGGACUGGGCUGUCAUUAAAGAAAAAGCAGAACCUCCACGACCUCUUUCCCAUCUUUGCCGCAUCAAGGUACGGAGCCUGGUUGGAAGAAACCGCAUCAAACUCCUCGACACCCUGCCUCUCCCAGACAGACUGAUCCGAUAUUUACAGCAUGACUACUCACAGUGACCCCAAGCACACUGGAUAUGCAGCAGCUUCCUGGCUGGCACCCGGCGCCACCACCGUGGCACAGGUGCACACCGGGGAGGAACUGCUGCGGGCUUGGUCAAGCACCCUCCCAUGACUAAUCCAAGAGAAAUGUCCUUUUGAAGCAUGAGUGAGAAGAAAAUGGAGGAGACAACACAGGAAACUGCUGUUAGGAUUUUCAAGAGAAAAUACGAUUCACCUCAGACCUCAGUCUGAGAAGAAGAAGAAAUGAGAGCCAACACUGACAAAUGAGUAGUGCUGAAGCAAGUAUCAGUGAGGAAUUCAAAAGUGCCCUGAACCUGUGAUGGAGCAUAGCACCCUUGCUGUGGUCACAACUCAGAACUUGUCAAGAAUCAAUGUAUUUGGGAAAACAAUCACAUUGCCUUCACUGACUGAGAUUUAUAUUGUAGUUUCUAUUCUAUUAUCUGGAUUUAUGUGAAGUGUGUUGGUUGCUAAUUCUCAGAUAUUUUGACACCACCUUGCUAGCACUUCUUUUUUUGUACUUUUCAUUUUGAGUACUUGAUUUCUGAACCUUCAAAUCUCAGAAGAUCUAGUAGACUAAAAUCCAGAAAUGCUGAAUUCUUUAAAAGUCAAGGAAAGGUUUAUUUAAGGAGGAAGGAAGAAUUAUAUUUGCACAUAGUGAAUACAGUCCAUUUUGUAUUUUAUUUGCAAUAGGAAGUAAGUGAAAUUUUGCUUGAGAGAAUUUCCUAGACUGGGGAUUUGAAAGCAACCCUAAGCUCUUUUUUUUUGGUGUAAAUUAGAAGUAGCUGUACUGUAAACAGUAGGUUUAUGUUUUCAUAAAGCUGGUGUCAGAACAGAACAAAGCCCUAGAGGAGCUGGAACAGAGAGUGAUGUGAAGGAGAGAGGCAACACUGCUGAACCAACUUAUUCUCUUUCUCCCCCAGAAGAUCUUUACAAAACCCAGCCUCUCCGACCUCCUCUAUGGCUGUAACAAUACUAUGAUUGAAAGUAAAAGAAAUUAUUUCAAAAUUAUUGAAUUCAAACUGCAAAAUUUAUGGAAAUGAAUACCCAGAAUUAGGUUUCCAAAUCCUUAUUCAGCUGCCUAAACAAUGCCAAGUUGCUUGACCAGGUGUUGUUCCACUUAAAACAGGGGAAUCAUAUUCAGUAUCAGAUAUUACCGAGGCAGAAUAAAUAUCUCAGAAUUUAGCCCUGAAAUUUCUGAUUUUGGAAGUUUGAAGUAUCUAUUAGCUUCCUUUGACACUGAUGAAAGUUACUAUCUCAUCUUCUUUGAAAAUUAGGUCACCUAUUUACAGCUCAGAUCCACAACUGAUUUAUGGCAACUUAACAAGUCACCAUCUAUCUGCUGAACCACUGUAAUUGUCCGUGAAAUUCUUUUAUUGAAGUUUUUAACAAGUCACAUUCCCUCACAGCUGGGGAGGCCAAGGAGCCCAUGAACAGUUAUUGGCAGUGACUACAGAUCACUUGACAGGUGUGACUUGCUGAACUGCUUUGAUGAGUGCUUUAUUCCUCACUAGGCACCUAAGAAAGAAUAGAAGAAACUAAAUUUGGAACUACAUCUUUUCAGAUUAGCAUCUUAAGCUAGCAGCACAAUCCUCACCUUAGGUGACAGAGGAGCUGUGCCUAGUGUGCCUGGUGGGGUCUGCUGAGAGUCCCUACCAGAGACCUUACAGAUCUGGUUUUGUUUGGAUAGCAUCUAUGGAAUAUGAUAGAAAUCUAAGUAGGGAAAAUACACUGCACUGAGUUUUAUUUGUGUGGAGUUUUAUACCUGAGCACAGGACUAAAGUGUGUUGCACAAAUACAAGUAAUACAAUCUGUCUGGGCACACAGACUGUGAUGGCUUUGUGUGAAAUGUGUUCAUCACUUGUGGGACAGGAUGUAAGCAGAAAAAGGAUUGCUUACAGGAUUGCUUACUCUGUCAUUGUCAUGUCUACAUUGCUGUUCCCUUUAUAAAUGCAAAAAUUGAAAAACCAACUGAGUUUCAAUUCACACUGAACAGUGAUCUUCUUGUAAAGCUUUGGAAAGUCAGGUGGGCUUCCUCCACUGGUGAAGUUUCAUCCAUUAACUUCCUUUACUACCAGUUUAGGAUCUAUCCUCACACUCUUCUGCAGUGUGAACAGGGAAUUGGUUCAGGUUAGAAAAAUAUUGGAUGGAUAGAAAAGGAUGGGGAACAAGAAAUUGCUCUAUCAGUUCUGCCAGUGAAGGUCCUGUAUUGGUAAGCAGUCCCUGGAGAGACAGAAAAUCACUGUGGAGUUCAUGCAUCUCUCACUUUCUGAGGCUGAAAAACAAAGGUCUGGGUCUCACACUGAUAGAAAUCAAAAGUCCUUGAAAUCAAGCAAGUAUUACAAAGCAGAGUUGUAGGGGAUGAUGGAUACAGAUGGAGCUUGGUGGAGACCACUCCAGAGUUUGGUGUGCAGUGACAGCCCUGAAGAAGGUAGAAGGGUAGACGGGGUAGAAGGGUUCACAAUCACCAAGUACAUGUAUAACUCCAGAAGUGGGAUUUCAUAACUGUCCCAAACUGGGAAUUUCCCCUGAGCCAACAUUUUUGUGUCCACAAAAGUCUAGCAAGUAGCAAUUUCUUUUUAUAUCCUAGGAGAACCUGAAACUGUGUUUGAAUGGGAUAAAUAAGGAAAGCCCAUUUCUUCUUUCAACCAAGAGACUUUCACUUCUAUGGGGAGACCCAUGUCCUGGUUGCUGUCAAGGAUCUGUCCUGAGCAGAAGUCACUGAGGCAGAGAGCACUGGUCUGAUGGGAACAUAACACAUCUGUGGGAAGGAUAAGUGCAUGCUCUGCACAGAAACUGAGGUGAGAAGAGUCUGUUAGAGGGGGAGUCUAGUAAUUACAAUGUUAUUAAAUCCUUUCUGCUUGAUCUUUAAAGCAUACCUUCACACACUCAGUUUACAUUUAUUCUCACUGAAAUGGAGCUCACUACCUCUCCACUCCAGUCACUGACUUGCUAUUUUGUGCACAAUACUGAAUCUGCAUGAAUUCAAUGGGCCUUUAAUGCAUCUACCUAGAAGUUACUGUGAAAAGAAAAAUCUUCCAGAACCCAGGCAUGCCAGGCUUUGUAAGCAGAUCAGUAAUUCUAGUUCAAGGUAAAGUGGCUUGUUUUACUGAGUGUGAUAGUUAGACUCCUUCAGAGAUGAUGACUUUAUGUGAAAUGUUCUAGGAAUAUUUCAUGACCAGGUUACUGUACAUUUUUUUUACUGCAAAAUGUGCAAUUCACUUGAUGUUCUUCUGCACUUUUUUGAUUUUUUUAAAAUUUCAUUUUGUAUAAAAGUUUUUUUCAUUUACCUCUCCCUUCCCAUUAUUUAUAAAAGCUAUUGUGUUUUUUAAAGUUUAAAUUUGCACUGUUUUAGUAAAUAGCAGCUCUCAAAUGUUAUGUUUCCAUCUUUCAAACAAAGUAUGAAUAAACAAGUAGAUUCUUAAGGACUAUCAGCUGUCCUGAAUAGCAACAUCAACCAUCGACCAACCAAACACAAAAAUAUCCAGGAAAAUUUGAAUCAAUCCAAGCUUGAACAAUUAAUCAUUCUGUUGUUAAUCUCAGGGAUGAGAGAACGGUAAAUAUUGCUAGAGAGGAGGCAGAGUUGCUAUUAUUUGCAAACCUUUUGGAAAGUCUCACACAUCCCCAUUCAGGGAUUUUGAAUAUACUUAACAAUUGUCUUCUGUUCAUUUGUGUUUUACUUCACUGCUGCUUCAGUUCAAAGCCCCAUCAAGGGCCACUGCCUGCCUUGGGCUGGGGUGGGGGGGAACUUCCAUGUCACAAAGGAUUUUGAAAAAGUAAUAUUAGUUUAAAUCUGAGUGUAGGAGCAUAAGUAUUUGAGUCUGAGGUCAUUUAGAAUGGACUGUUUCAAUCUUUCAUCAUAACUUUAAAGCACUGUUCUACUACAUGGAAAAUAUGCAGCAAUAUACAUUCAAAUAAUAAAGAGUUUUAAAGAAGGGAAAAAAUAAAAUUAAGAAUUAAAUAUUCAAAAGACAGGUUGUAACUCUCAUCUUUCUCUGGAUUUCUUCAGAAAUAAAAUUUAUACAGAGGCUAUCCACUUUGCCAAGUAUUUGAAUUUUUAUAGUAAUCCUUAUUCUGGUGUGAUCCACAGCACUAUGAAAUUUCCCUAAAGAACUCAAGGAGCAACACUUGAGCACAGCAACUACUGCAAUGCCAGUAGUUCAUUCCAUGACCUGGUCUGGCCACCCAGAUGCAAAUACAGACCAAUGCCAAGGAGGCGGCUCUGCAUCGAUAGUAUUGAAACAGAUUUCAGCAUCUGGCUGCAUCUGGAUUACAGCAGGACACAGAGCUACUUAUGUGAUAAAAAAAAACAUUUCCAUGUAAAAAAAUUCCUUGUCUACAGAUCUGUAAAUUAAAAGCCCUUGUUCUCCUACCUUUAACUUCAA